UUUUUCUACAGUAUACAAUAUUAUUGCAAAAGAUCCAAAUGCCUCCAUCGCGAUUGGUGGCCUCGUGGCCUGAACACCGGUACUGGACUAUUCUGCACGUAGUGGUAGUAGCUUCGCUCUUGGCCAUUGAUUUAAUCCUGGGCGUGAACCAUGGCAACAGAAGAGGCAAGCAGCGUCCCUUCAGAAGCGUCAAACGAGGGAGCCGAAUCAAAGUCGGAAGGGGAGAUGGAUGAAAAGGCAGCUGAAGAAGAGAGUCUGAGAUUGAAGACCCUGGGCAACAACGAGCUGGUGGCCGGUCACUUCCUCCAGGCCAUUAAGUUUUAUUCUGAGGCGCUCGAUUACACUCCUACCAAUGCCAUUGUCUUGUCGAACCGUGCCCAGGCGUAUCUGAAGGUAGAAAACUAUGGGUUAGCACAAUCUGACGCCACUGCCGCCAUAGAAUCAGAUCCAACCUAUGCAAAAGGAUUCUACCGACGGGCAUCUGCCCACUAUGCACUCAACAAGUUUAAACUGGCUCGAAAGGACUUCAAGCAAGUGUGCAAGCUCAAACCCAAGGAUCGUGAUGCCAGGGCCAAACUGGCCGAGUGUGAAAAGGCAGUGCGAGAAGCGGCCUUUGCCGAUGCCAUUGUGUCCGAGCAAACGGUGCCCCUUAGCUCGUCUUUUAACCCUGAGGACAUUGCCAUUGACAGCAGCCAGUACUUCGGACCACACCCUGGACUCGAAGGCGUGCUCACCAAUAUGGAAGAAGAGGAAGCAUUAUUUGCACCAGGAAAGCUCCCCAGGAAAUUCUGUAUGGAUGCCCUGGAACAAUUCAAGUCACAGAAGCUUAUUCACAAAAGAUAUGUUGCCCGCCUUUUGAUUUCAUGCGCCAAAUACUUUGAAGAACUUUCUAGUCUCAUGCAGAUUCCAAUACCUGAGGAGGCUCCCGAACACGAUCCUUCCGCCAAGCCACGGUUAACGGUGUGUGGAGAUACCCACGGUCAAUUCUACGAUGUCAUGAACAUUUUUGAAAUCAAUGGCCAUCCUAGUGCCUCCAAUCCAUACCUUUUCAACGGCGACUUUGUCGACAGAGGCAGCUUCUCUGUCGAAGUGAUUCUCGCUUUCCUCCUCUUUAAGAUCCAUGACCCAACAUGCAUCUAUCUGUCUCGGGGCAACCACGAAACCAAGAAUAUGAACCGUAUCUACGGUUUUGAGGGAGAAGUUCGUGCGAAAUAUGACGACAAAAUUUUUGAUCUGUUUUUGGAAGUCUUUGGUCACCUCCCGCUGGCGGCCACUGUGGGAGGUAAGGUGUUUGUCACACAUGGAGGGUUGUCAACUAGGGAAGAUGUUAUGCUGGAAGAUAUCAAGAAAAUCAAGCGUGGAAUGGAACCUCCUGAAUCUGGUUUGAUGAGCGAUUUGUUGUGGAGUGACCCACAGCCCUUCCCAGGGAAAUCGCCGUCAAAGCGAGGUGUUGGCUUCUCGUUUGGACCAGAUAUUACCGAGGCUUUCUUAAAACGCAACAAUCUCUCUUUGUUGGUGCGGUCACAUGAAGUCAAAGAAGAGGGAUACCUGGUGGAGCACGGAGGAAAGACCAUCACUGUCUUCUCGGCCCCGAACUACUGCGAUACAAUGGGAAACAAGGGAGCAUUCAUUCACUUUGAUGAGAGCUUAGAACCAAAGUUCACAAAGUAUGACGCCGUCCCUCAUCCACCUGUCAGGCCUAUGGCUUAUGCGGCAGGCCUUGGUGGCCUCAUGUAGUGCGGUAUGAGUGGCCAUAGAGCAGGAUCGUGUCCCUCCUAUUGGGUAUUUUGCAGAAAUCACACCUUGCUGGCACCCGCAACAGUGGCGUGACCAGACUAGUAAUGAUCUUAGCUACCAAAGUAUUCCUUCUC